AAUAUCACGGCAGGUACUCUCUGUAUCAAUGGAACCUAAGUACCAGUGUCAGCAGUGCAAAGGAGUUCUGAGGAAGCCCUUCCAGGCCCAGUGUGGACAUCGGUUCUGUGUGUUCUGUUUUAAACAGCUUACAAGGUACAAAGCUCUCUGGACCUCAUGCUCUCCAGAGCAUGCCAAACUCCUCCUUUCCCAAAAAGGCUUGCUCAGAUCCUGCCAAUUCACCUUCUUUUUGCUCAGAGCCAUCCAGCUGUCUUCCUGUGUCUCCAUCUCCUCCAUCUCCCUGCAAAAUCCCUGUUGCAAUAAACUGCAUUUAUCCAACCUUUGUGGCUGAAGAGAUCAUCAUUAUGUGCUCUUUCCUUGCUCGGGCCCUAUACCCUGUGAAGCCUGCCGUGCUGAGGGUAUUUUCGAAAUGGAGCACUCCAUGCUUAGCAUCACUGAGGCAUUUCCAGACAAUGCAGCACGAAGAGAAAUUGAUGGCCUGCCUGCAAAGUGCCCGAACGACGGCUGUAGUUGGAAUGGAACACUGAAGGAGUAUGAGGUGCAACACGAAGGUCGAUGUGAGUUUGAGCGUGUAAAGUGUGAAGCAUGUCAAAUGAUGAUCCUACUUAGCGACAAGGAUCGCCACAAUGAAAGAGAAUGUGAAGCCAGGACUCUGAACUGCAAGUACUGCAAGGUCACCUUCAGCUUCAAAGACAUUAAGGCUCAUGAUGAAAUUUGUCAGAAAUUUCCCAUGCAGUGCAAAGACUGUGGUAAAAAGAAGAUCCCCAGGGAAAAGUUUGCAGAACAUAGCAAGUCCUGUGCGAAGUCUAAAUCAGCAUGUCAGUUCAGCGAAAUUGGGUGCAGGGCUGUGGUUGAUAAUGGCAAACAGCAUGAACACGAGCAGAGCAGUAUCAUUGAGCACUUACGCCUCAUGCUGGCCGUGCUGUCCACUGUGCGUGUGCGCUCUGAUGGACCAGGAGAGUGGCAAGAGGACUCUGGGCUCGGACUGUACCGUGGGCCUGAAGACGCAGCUCCACCAGGAGCCCACGCUGCUGCCCACAAUGCAGCAGGAGGGCCUGGCGUGCAGCAGAAGAUGACAGCGCUGGAGAACAUAGUGUGUGUGCUGAAUCGAGAAGUAGAGCGCACCGUUCUUAGACUGGAGGCGUUAACCCGCCAGCAGCAGCUUGACCAGGAGAAGAUCGAGAAUUUAUCCAACAAGGUGCGUCAGCUGGAACGAACCCUGACUAUGCGAGAUUUACAGCUGGCUGAAUCUGAACAAGCUUUACGAGAGCUACAGUUCUGCACCUAUGAUGGGGUGUUUGUAUGGAAGAUUUCAGAUUUCUCUCGCCGCAGACAAGACGCGCUGGCCGGCCGAGCCCCUGCCAUGUUCUCACCAGCCUUCUACUCCAGUAAAUAUGGCUAUAAGAUGUGUUUGAGACUGUAUCUGAAUGGGGACGGCACAGGCAGGGGUUCUCACCUCUCCCUCUUCUUCGUGGUGAUGAGAGGAAAGUACGAUGCUCUUCUGAAGUGGCCUUUCAGCCAAAAGGUAACCCUGAUGCUCUUAGACCAGAAUAACCGGGAACACAUAAUCGAUGCCUUCAGACCUGACAUCAGCUCAACAUCUUUCCAGAGACCCAUUAGUGAGAUGAACAUCGCUAGUGGCUGCCCGCUCUUCUGCCCACUGGCUAAACUGGCAGGCAAAAGCUCUUAUCUGCGAGACGACACCAUUUUCAUCAAAGCAAUAGUGGAUCUCACUGGGCUUUAGGAAUUAAAAAAAAAAAAACGAAAAAUUAGAAAUAUAUAUAUAUAUAUAAAUUUAAUUUCACCUGUGAAAGGUGAAAGAAAACCCUAAGGGAUUUUCAUAUAAAUUUAUAUAUAUAUAUAUGUUUAUAUAUACAUAAUAUUGAAUCAUUAUAUAAUAUAUUUAAGUUGAAUAAUAUAUACCUCAUUUAUCUUAUAACUGAAUGUUAUACUGACUAAGAAUAAUUAUUUCUAUCAUAUAUACAUUUUUUAUAAUAUAAAGCUAUAAUAAUAAAUAUAAUAAUAAAUAACUAUAAUCAUUAACAAGACAGGGGGAAAUUGAUGUCUGCGACACCUGUGGAAAGUGAUGCACGACAGAAGUCUUCUCAAAUAAGAGAGCACUGUAUGUUUCCAGGAAGACGGGUGUUUGAUAAACUGCAUAAAAAAGCCUUCUACCUGAGAAAUUACAGUGGUGCAUUAACACACAGAGCCCUGCUGGUGAGAUUCUGUAUGAUGAAAGCUCUGGCAGUGAGUUGGUAAGGUUCAGGAACAAGAUUAGAAAAUCGUGGACACAAGGCAAUAAAAUGUGGAAACGAGAUCUUGUUCCUGCAUCUCACUAAACCAUGGUCACCUCACUCAUGCAGAAUGUCACCAGCAGGGCUCUGUGUUAACCACAGCAAACUCACUGCAGCUCUGCAGUGAAAACUAUUCAGCAAAGACGAAAAGGAAUAGUUAUCGAGGGGAGUUGCAGUGUCUAUUGGAGUUAGCCUCGCUUAAAUUCCUCGCAAAAUCAAUGCUUCCCACCAACAAAACCCAGUCAAGCCUAGACUUGACUGAGGAAACUGAUGCUGAUGCAUGUGAGACAUCAGCUAUAUAAAUCACAGAAUUUCUGUGUUGGUUUUUUUUUUCUAUCAUAUUAAACUAUCAUAUUAUAAUACAUUACUGUAAUAUUUUUCACAGAUAAACAUAAUCAGUAUUAUAGGAGUUUAAAAACCUCCUGAUUUUAUUCACGAUUCAAUUAUGUUUAGACCUUUUCAAUAUAGCCAUUCUACAUUAAACCCAUAUAUUUGACUAAAUAUAGAUAUUUUAUAUGAGCUGUUUAAAAGACAAUUAUUGGAACAUAGUGGUGUAUGUGAUAUCAUUUUAACGAUGAAAUGUAGACUAAAUAUGUAUAGAGGAAAGUACCGCAGAGGUACAUUCCAGUAUAUAUCACAUUUACUGUACAUAAAGCUUAGUAAAGUUUUAGAGUUAACCUGGCAUGCAGUAGGUUUGUUCAAAAUAUAAUUUGCUAUAGUACCUAGGUGGGGAUAAAUCUGAAACUGAGCAAAACAAACCAUGCUUCACUCAAAAAAAAAGUAAAAAAAAAAUAUAUAUACAAAUGUAAAAAAACAAACAAAAAAAACAAAUAAAAACAACCAUAAAAAGCAGAAGCUAAUGAAAAACAACCAAAAAAAUAAUAAAUAAUGUCAUAUUGUCUUAUCAUUGUUUUAGGAUCUUUAGCCCUAGGCCAAGCACCCACCAGGUUCUCUUCAGGUGGGUUUACCAGUUAUUGCAUUUGUUCCAAGGUCGUAUGCCAAAGUACAUGAAAAUCAGUAGUUAAAGUGUAUUUUCUAAAGAAAAUGUAGGAAUUCAUGAAGCAUCCUGCUUUUCUGUUUUUAUAUUGAAAAUAAGAUUCUAGCUCUUCUUUUAGAUAUGUACAAACUGUUUUGUGUUAAUUCUACUUUAUUUUUAAAUCUUGACAAAAAAAAUAUAUGAAAAAAAAACAGGUAAAAAAAUUAAAAUAAAAAAGUAAAAGCUGAUCAAAAACAACAAAAAAACAUUCAGUUUUACCCUAAUAGAGCACAGAUUAAAAGCAACUCAUUAAAACUGUUGGUUGCUGCCCUGGAAUCAGUUUAGAUUUUUGCUAUCCACUGAAUGUUCUGAGCAAAUUAAACACAAUUAGAAGAUUCUGCUUAAAUCAGUAACUCUGUGUUUUGAGUGAAAUCUAUGUAUAGUUAUCCCUUACGCUUUCAUGAACCUCAUUCUACUGAUUUAAUAAAACUCCUUUUGCAAUUUAGGCCUCACGAGACUGUAGUGCAGGAUGAUCAUAUAUUGAUGACAUUUUUACUUAUUCACUUAAAACUUAUACAUCACUCAUAUUUAAUUAUUCUAUUUCUGACUAGUGUGUGGCAUGCCAGGCUUUGCAUAGUGCUUGACUCUUUUUAAAGGUUAUUUACUGUUGGAGGAAAAAGUAUGUGAAUCCUUUGGGAUUACCUGGAUUUCUGCAUAAAUUGUAAUUAAAUGUGUUCUGAUCUUAGUCUACGUCACAACAAUAGACAAACACAGUCUGCUUAAACUAAAACCAUACAAAUAAUUAUAUGUUUGCAUGAUUUUAUUGAACACAACAUGUUAAUAUUCACAGUGAGGGUGGAAUAAGUAUGUGAACUUUUAGGCUAAUUACAUUUCUAAGAGACUAAUGGAAGCCAGGAUGUGAUGAGAUUGGAUGUGUUGGUUAAAGCUGCCCUGCCCUAUAAAAACACACCAGUUUUGAGAUGGCUGUUCUUAAGAAGCUUUGCUUGAUGUGAAUCAUACCUCACACAAAGAAUUGUUGACUUGCAUGAAGCUGGAAAGGGUUACAAAAGUAUCUCUAAAAGCCUUGAUGUUCAGGUGUCCACGGUAAGACACACACUCUACAAAUGGAGAAAGUUCAGCACUGUUGCUACUCUCCCUAAAGAGUAGGGAGUUUGCAAAAGAGCACCUGGAUGUUCCACAGCAGUACUGGCUACAUAUACCGUGGACAGAUGAAACCAAAACUGAGUUGUUUGGAAGGAACACACAAUGCAAUGUGUGGAGAAAAAAAGGCACAGCACACCAUCAUCAAAACCUCAUCUCAACUGUGAAACAUGGUGGAGGGGGCAUUAUGGUUUGGGGUUGAUUUGCUGCUUCUGGUCCUGGAGGGAUUGCUAUCAUCAACGGAAAAAUGAAUACCCAAGUUUACAAAGACAUUUUGCAGGAAGACUUAAGACCAUCUGUCCGCCAACUGAAGCUCAACAGAGGAUGGAUGAUGCAACAGGACAACGACCCAAAACAUCAAAAAAUCAACAACAAAAUAUCUGACCUUUUUAUACUGACCUCUGAUCAAGUUAUGGUGAUUUUAUAUUUUGUUUAACUUGUCGUGCACAAACGGAAAUUCACACACACACACACACACACGCGUACAUGUUUAUUCUGCUGUAAUGUGACAUUUUAAUGAACUAUUAUGGAAGAUUGAUUACUAAACUAAAUCAAGAAAGUUGCACGUCCAAAUAUCUGCCUUUUUUUGGGAAAGGGGAAACAAGUGGGUUCAGUAAUCAUUUUUAUCUUCAUUGAAUGUAACAAAAUAAGAUGCUGGCAACAUUGUAACAGGUGCUCGGGUGCUUUUAACUACUUUCUUAUUUCUUUAAUCAAAUUACUGUUUCAUGCCUUUUAUGAAUUUAUAGCUUAUGCAGCACGGAAUUGUUAUUUUAAUUGCUGAUAUUAUAAGAUUGGUAUUAUUUCUUAGUGUAAGUUUAAAUAUAUUCUCACAUGUAUUUCUCUUGCAUGAAUCCCAAUAAACAUAUGUAUUUUAUGUCUAAUUAGGAAUUAUAAUGAAUUAUUUACAAUUUUGACAGUUUGGUAAAUGGAGCUGAUCUUAUGUUAAACACUGUGACCUGUGGCUUUACUAUAGAUCUUCACCCUGUUUUAUUUCUCUGAAGUUCUAUUAUGCUAAACAUCUAAUAAAAUUCUUACUGUGCAAAUAAA